GCUCGAGGUUCUGAUUAGUCUUUGAAACGCUCUUUUGUCUGUAACGUUUGUUGUGCGAAGAUCAGCGAAUACCACCUACUGACUCAACGUUUGUUUUUAACUGAAAUUUGAAUUUUGAAAACCUUAAUAAGUCCAACAAAAUACCAAAGGAAAUAUAACAAUAAAAAAACGCAGUAAAUUAAAAGAAAUCAACUAUAGCGCAAAAAUAAAGUGUAAACAAACAAGUAACACAUAAACAAAAACCUAAGAGUGUCAAAAAAAAAACUAUAAACCUAAAAAAUAUCCCCACACAAUUGACAUAUACUGCACAUAAAUAUUGAAGGAAACACACUAAAACAUGGGAACCAUUGCCAAACUUUCGAUUGUGAAGGGACGCCAGCAAGAACUCGUCCCAAGACAACUGCAUCGAAUUUUUGAAGAAGGCCUAUCCCAUCGGGCUCAAAAAACGGCGCUCAUUCAUUAUAAUGAAGCCAGCAAUGCGGGCGACUUUCAGCAGCAAUUGCCCAGGCAAACGUCAUAUCAGGAAAUGAACCGAAGAGCCAAUCAAUGUGCCCGUAUCUUAGUGAGGGAGACCACACAGCGAUUUCUGCAAGCCAAUGCAGAUGGAGACUUUAUAAUUGCCGUUUGCAUGCAGCCAUCGGAUGAUUUGGUCACCACCCUUUUGGCCAUUUGGAAAGCGGGCGCGGCAUAUUUGCCCAUAGACCCCAGCUUUCCCACAAAUCGCAUACAACACAUCAUGAGAGAGUCGAAGCCCAUUCUGGUGAUAGCAGACGACAAUGUGGAUAAGUCAAGGUUCGGUCCAGCGGCCACAGUGAUGACAAUUUCCGAGCUGAGCAUGAGCUCUAUGCAAGUGGAGAGGGACAACUUAAGGGCAACGGAAAUGUUGGCUAGUGGAGCCAGCAACUUGGCCAUUGUUUUGUAUACUUCGGGAAGUACAGGCGUACCAAAAGGUGUUCGCCUGCCGCAUGAGGUAAUUCUCAAUCGCUUGCAGUGGCAAUGGACCACAUUCCCCUAUGCCCUUAACGAAACAGUGGGGAUUUUCAAAACAGCCCUAACAUUUGUGGACUCGGUUGCUGAGCUAUGGGGUCCCCUUUUGUGCGGUUUGGCGAUUUUGGUAGUGCCCAAGGUAGUAACUAAGGACCCGGAACGUCUAGUUCAAAUGCUGGAGAAAUAUAAAAUUCGACGCCUGGUACUGGUGCCCACUUUAUUGCGUUCUCUACUCAUGUAUCUCAAUUUGGACGGCAAUCGCGGAAAUGCGGAGAACGAGUACAAGCUUCUGUACAAUUUACAAAUUUGGGUUUGUUCCGGUGAACCCCUACCGCUGGCACUAGCCAGCAAUUUUUAUGACUACUUCCAGGAGGGCAUUCAUGCUCUAUACAACUUCUAUGGUUCCACUGAAGUAAUGGGCGAUGUAACCUAUUUCUGCUGUGAGAACAAAAAACAAUUGCAGGAGCUGGACCGGGUACCCAUCGGAAUUCCGGUCAAUAAUACCGUUGUUUACUUGCUCGACACGGACUACAGGCCCGUCAAGAAUGGUGAGAUAGGAGAAAUCUUUGUAUCUGGCCUUAACCUGGCCGAUGGCUAUGUCAACGGUCGCGAUAAGGAGAAAUUCGUGGAGAACCCUUUGGCCGUGGAAUUAAGUAGGUACAGCAAAAGGGUGCCAACUACGCAAAUAAUGCUUUGGUUUAUAUUUCCAGAAUAUUCGCGGAUUUACCGAACUGGUGACUACGGAUCCCUUUCUGAUGGCUUCAUUUUCUACGAAGGCCGCACCGAUUCCCAAAUUAAAAUUCGCGGCCAUCGCGUUGAUCUGUCUGAAGUUGAGAAAAAUGUUGCAGAACUCCCGCCAGUGGAGAAGGCUAUAGUGCUCUGCUACAACGCUGGUCAAAUUGACCAAGCCCUGCUGGCAUUCGUCAAACUCCGUGACGACUCCCCUCUCUACACGGAAUUACAACUAGAGAGCAAAUUAUCAGAUAAAUUGGCCGAGUACAUGAUUCCCCAAGUGGUACUGAUCGAUCAAGUCCCGCUUUUGGUUAACGGCAAAAUCGAUCGUCAGGCGCUAUUGAAACAGUACGAGACUGCAAACAACAACGAAGGGGACUCCAGCAUAGUCCUGGACUUCGAUUACUCCCAGGUACCAGACGAGCUGAGACCAGUGGCCCAGGACCUAUUCGAGACGGUGGGCAGUGUUAUUGGCCGUUCCACUCGGGCAACCCUGGCACCGCACAGCAAUUUCUAUGAGCUGGGAGGAAACUCUUUGAAUUCCAUCUUCACUGUGACUGUGUUGCGAGAAAAAGGCUACAGCAUUAGCAUCUCUGAGUUUAUAGCUGCGAAGAAUUUGGGUGAAAUCUUAAACAGCAUGACCAAAGAUCGAGAAAUUAAUAUGGUCGAAGAUACAGAGGGUUGGAUAAGUGCAUGUCCCCAUUUGGAUUUGGAAGCCAUUCCAUUGCAAUACUCCCACAAGGCGGAUGUUAUACAAAUUAUAGUGGACAGUUUUUACGGCAAAGCUGAUUUGGAGCAAUGGCUUAAACCGGACAUUUUGCGCACAGACUACAGUGAUUUAUUAUCGGACAUUUGGAACGAUUUGGUUGAAAAGGACUUGAGUUUUGUUGUCAAGGAUAAAAACACAAAUCGCAUUAUUGGCACUGCCCUCAACUUUGAUGCCCGCAACGAACCUGAAGUAGAGGUUAAAUCGAAAUUGAUAAUUGUAUUUGAGUUUCUCGAGUUCGUAGAAGGUCCCAUAAGGGACACUUAUUUGCCGAAGGGUUUAAAUAAAAUUCUUCACUCCUUCAUGAUGGGAACCCAUGUCGAUCUUAACCCACAAGAAAAUAUUGCAUGUAUGCACUUCAUGGAAUACGAGGUUUUGAAAGUGGCCAAAAACAAGGAGUUUGCCGGCAUAUUGACCACCAACACCAGUCCCCUUACACAGCAAUUGGGCAAUGACGUCUACAACUACAAGACCUUAUUGGACUACCAAGUGAAUGAAUAUGUAUACACCGAUGGCACACAACCAUUUGGCAAAGCCCCAGACUCACAAAGGGCCAUUGUGCAUUGGAAGGAAGUGACCCCCUAAGCAUAUGGAAUAUAAGCCAACAUUUACUAGUGUGCCCAGUUAAUGUCCAGUAUUUAAUUUAAUUAUUUUAUUUAGUUAGAUAUGAUAAUCACUUAAGAAGUCACUUCCUUCUACUGCUGUUCCCGUGUAACUUAGCGUACUCAAUUUGCUCAUUUCCUCUGAUGAGAAUCAUACAAAUAAUGUGUACCUGCAAACGUUAAAACACAAAAUUCAUGCGUUUCUUAGACUUUCAUUAAAUUCAUUCUGUUUAUAGUGACGAUGAAUUCAAUGUUAAUUAUUUUUAAGAUUUCUCCCUCUCUCCUCUCUCUCAAUCUAAGUCCCUCUAUUUGAUAAGCUAUAGUUAGGAUAAGAUCUGUAGAUAGAUAUUUACAAGAAAAUACAAAAUUCCAAAUCGUA